AUGCUUCAUUCUCUUAUUGCGAUAUCUCCCAGUCAAGUGUUGAAGGAUUAUCACUUGAUGGACAACUUCUUACUGAUAUACGAACUGUUGGAUGUCACUAUUGAUCAAGGCUUUGCGAGAGAAGUUGAUACAUCUUUUCUCUUAUCAAAGAUAUAUUCACCAAUCAGUAAAGCCACUGAUGGUAGAUACAGGACUGAUAAUGAGGCAAACCAUGCUGUAGAAAUAGUUCAAAAAAGCUUAUCUUUGCUAGGAGCUUUAGGUGUGAAAUCUUAUGAACGCAUGUAUGAGAAAAAUGUGAUUGCACUUCAUCUGAAUGAAUACGUACAAGUGAAAGAUAAAACUGAUGUCAAAAUUCUCGGAGAGGUUGUAUCAAUUUCUACAGUUUCUACAUCAGUGGCUGUUGAAUUUGAUCUCGACACCCGUGUGGCCGACCAGUCGUCAAUAGUUCUCGAAAAUAUUACUGUACCAUUAGCUCUCAAAGUCAAAGAGCCAUCUCUCUCCGCGAAGUUCAACUUCAGCACCAUAAUCGCCGAACCGAUACAGCCUAUUCUAAAUUAUUCGGCACAAUUGCUUUUUGAUGAAUUACCAAUAAUAGUGGUGGGCUCAUAUAAACAAUUGGCAAGGGACAAGUUUGAGGUUAAUAUGAAACUAGAAUGCAGGUACCCUGCAAAUCAGAUUGCGAAGGAAAUAUGUGUUCAAAUUCCUGUGCCUAAGAAUACAAUCCGUGUGACGGAUAUUCCGUUACUACGCCAUCAAAAGACGGAAGAUGAGUUGCAGGAUAAUGCACGAAAAGACGGAUACCUUCAAUGGAAACUUACGUUUGUGGCAGGAAAUCAGGAUAUUAAGAUAUGCAAAAUGGUUCAUGUCGACUUGAAAUCGAAGUUGUCGGACUGGAUCUCCGAUAGAGAAGACGUCACCGUUUCCUUUCAACUGGAAGACGUCAAUUUGACUGGCUAUACCAUCAAAUCAUUUAACGUUGGCAAAUCUUUAGACGAAGUUUCCAGCAAAAUAGUUAAAUCACAGGUACUUUCACACAACAUAUAUGGGUUUAAAUUAUAG